AUCAGGUUUCUAUAGGACUGUUAGAGUCACACACACCCCUUAUUGAGUUAGUGGAGCAGCUGGACUGCACUGUCGAACCAAGGAACAUCAAGACAGAGCUUUUGCCAUGAGGUGAUCACUCUAUAAACCUGCUUUCUCCAUACAAGUAUUUUGCCUCCUUUCUCAUCUGCCAACAUGAGGGGAUGGAGGUGGCAGGGCAGUGUUGGACCAUUCAGAACCGGAGUGGGAAUGUUGCUGCUGGGGCUCAGCCUGGCCCAAUCAGUUCCUCCCCAGGGUGCUUGUCCGGAAGCAGCGGCCCCACAGAGCCUUACCCAGCCCCAGUACUACAAGGAUACAACAAGUCAGGACACUGGAUUCAUGAAAGCUGUGGUCCAGUCCUUCCUCCACACAGUCCAGCCCAACCCCUUUCCUGAAGAUCUGAUCCUGAAACUGGUCCAUGAGUUUUCCCCAUCAAAAGUGGAGUCAAAUCAAGAAGUCCUCAGAGAAGUCCUGGUGUAUCAGGUGGGUUUCCUGGUCUGUAUAGCCAUCGGCAUCGUGUACAUCAUUCUGAUGCCCAUAGUCGGUUUCUUCUUCGCGUGCUGUCGCUGCUGUGGCAAAUGUGGUGGGAAGAUGUAUCAAAAGCAGACGUCCUCCAUUCAUUGUCGCAGAAGAACUCUGUACUGGAGCGCCUUCGUCACCACAGUUAUUAUCCUUGCUGGGAACAUCUGCAUGUUCAGAAGUAACGAGGCCCUCAAUGUGAGCGUGGGCCAGAGUACAGAGGAGCUCAACAAAACUAUAGACAACCUCCACACCUUCCUCACUGCUGUGCCUGAGCAAAUCAACUCUGUGGUGAAUGAGAGUGAAAAGACCGUUCAAGAGGUUACAAAAAAUCUAGAUGAUAUUGGACCUCAGCUGGGUGCACAGUUCCAGGAACGCUUCAGAGGCACUGUGGACCAAGCAUUGCACUCAAUUAAACUUCUGGAUCAAGAAACUCAAAACACCAGUGUGGGGCUGAAAAAGCUGAAUUCAUCAUUGGUUGAGCUGCAGUCCAGCAUGGACUCCAUCCAGGCCAGGGUCAAUGUUGUUAGGGAUGAAAUUAACCAGACCUUGUCUGACCCAAAGUGCACUGACUGUGACACAAUGAAGCCAGAGCUACAGCAACUUGCAGUGGACAUCUCCAUCACUAGUCCCAAUUUGAGUGAGUUCGAGUCUGCGGUAGAUGAAGUAAUCAAGACUAAUCUUACAUCCAAAAUUAAGGAGGUGGAGAAUUACUACAACCGCAUCUCCCAGAAGGUGACUAAUGACACCAAAGAUGUAGUUCAAAGCAGCAAGCAGCAGCUGGAGGAAAUAAAAACACAGAUCUCCAAGGUGGCCAGUGACAUCCCUUUAUCUGUUCUGACCAAUGCAUCAGACUUUCUGAAUCAGGUGCAGACAGAACUUCGCAACAUCACCCCACAUGUUGAGACAGCUGAGCACAUCAGAUGGGGAGUGAGUAUAGCCCUGUGCUGCAUCGUCCUUCUAGUGGUGGUAUGUAAUGUCCUGGGUCUGUUAUUUGGCCCUGUUGGUUUGAAACCCAAAUCUGACCCCACAAAGCGUUCCUGCACAGCAGACUGCGGAGGCACCUUCUUCAUGAUUGGUGCAGGUUUCAGCUUCCUCUUCUGCUGGUUGCUCAUGAUAGUGGUGAUACUGCUCUUCCUGGUGGGCGGGAACACGUACACGCUGGUCUGUCAGCCCUGGGACAAUGGAAAACUGCUAAAGUUUAUUGAUACUCCAGGUUUAAUUCCAGGGCUGGAUAUAAGUGAAAAUAUAGGAGUUGAAAGCAACAUCACACUCUCUGGUAUUUAUAGUGACUGUGAGAGAAACCAGCCUCUGUGGUCAACACUUCACUUGUCUGAGCUUAUCAACCUCGGAGAUCUACUGAAUGUAUCUAAAUACACUGAAGAGAUUGAGCAGCAGUUCGAAAAUACAGACAUCACUCUGCCCGACUUUACAUUUUUGACACCUGAGGAUAAAAACCAACUCAGCAGCUUCUCUACCAAGGCUAAAAAUGUUGACUUCAAUUCUGUCACACAGCAGAUGAACAACAUUUCCAGCAUCAAUCUGAAUACAACAGCAGAUGAACUUGACAAGCUUGCUGACACUCAAACAAACGAUGAUACUCAGAAGGGGCUAAGAAACGAGGCCAAUGACCUGAGGCAAAUCCAGAUUGAUAUUGAAACAACCAUCUUCCCAAAACUAGAGAAGCUGAAUUCAACCAUCCAGAGCCUUCAAUUCAUAACAGAAAAAAUCAAUGGAACAGUGGGGGAGGUGCUGAGCAACGUGGGAGCAGCACAAGACUUCCUCAACACAAAUAUGACACAGAUCGUCAAGACCGAGAGCAGAAAGUUUUUGGACUGUCAGCUGAGUUACUUCAUCGCUUAUGCUGACUGGGCCAAUGUCACGAUCACGCAGCAGGUGGGCCGCUGUGGGCCAGUGGCAGGAGCUGUGGACUCGGUGGAGAUAAUCCUCUGCUCGCAAAUGGUGGAGUCUCUGAAUGCCUUCUGGUUCAGUCUGGGCUGGUGCAUUCUCUUCUUCAUCCCCAGCAUCAUCUUUUCUAUCAAACUAGCCAAGUACUACAGGAAAAUGAAGUACGCUGAUGUCUAUGAGGACCGCAUAAUCAUGAAUCACAUCCCACGGGCCCAGAUGAAAAUGACCUGAAAGGGGAGCAUGCGAGACUGAGCACAAAACUGUGGCAUCGCUUUACAAGAUAAAAACACAUUGCAUCUGCAUAGAUGUGGCACAUUGUCACUAUGGCAAAAAAAAAAAAAACUCUGAGAAGAAGAGCUGUGUUUUAUUCUUAAGUCUUUUUAGGGUGGACCAAGAGAGACAGUUGAUAGACAAAUGAUACAGCAUAGUUCAUAUAAACACACACAUCUCAGGGGCAAACAGGGCAUAAAGGAAUCUGCAGGGAUUAUUGUUUUCAUAAUUUAAAAAAACAUUUCAAAGAGAUUUGCAUUUAUUGUAUUACUCACAUGUUUUGUAUGUAUUUAAUGUAUUGAUUUGCCAAUCCACUUACAAUGAAAAACCCAUUUAAACUAAAUUCUUAAAUAUAUUUGCACUUUAUUGGUGAUCAGAGCACAGUUUCUUAUGAAAUUUCUAUGAUUCAAGAGAUGGAUAAACUUUUUGGUGUGACAAAAAUGUGACU